CCGGAUACCAGUGAGUCCCAACCAAGCAAGGGCGAAGCAUGGCGACGCCGAUGUUUGCGAUGAUCUGCGCGAACAACGUGAAUCGAAGCACAGAAGCACAUGAUCAUCUGCACAAUGCUGGCUUGAGAGUAUGCUCAUUUGGGGCAGGGAACAUGGUGCGUUUCCCGGGUCCGAAUCUCUACGAGCCGCGCAUUUUUCCGUUCUUCACACCGUACGAAGUCAUGUAUCGCGAGCUCAAGAGCGAAAACGAGCCAUUGUUCCGACGCAACGGUGUGCUCGCAAUGCUUGAACGGGACAUCAUCACGAAGAAAGCGCCGCAAAAGUGGCAAGACAAUACGGUGGACGACCUCGCCAAGCUCGACGUGAUUCUUUGUUUCGAAGAUCGCAUCUUUGACAUUGUGAUGGAAGACUUGCAGCUCCGGAAGCCCAAGGACUUUCGCCCGUUGCAUCUCAUUUGCCUCAACAUCAAGGACACGCCCGAGGAUGCCAAGAUCGGCGGGUCGCUCGCGUUGGACUUGUGCAAAAUGAUAAACCACCUCCCGGAUCUCGAAGACGGCAUACCGCAAGCCAUCGAGGCGUUUGAAACGCAAAAGCAGCUCAAGCUGCUGUACGCGCCCUUGUAUAUUUAACAUGGCACUUUUUCUCUCUCGA